ACACAGAAGCGCCGCCCCUUUAAAUACCUGAGCGGCCUUACCGCUGCAGCUUGCAUUGCGUUGUAUUAUAUUGCCUUUCUUCGUGGAACAGAAACUGGGCGAGGCCGGAGAGGAAGGAUCGCUGCUUACGGAGGCUGGUGUGAUCUCUCGAGAUGGCAGCGCAGUGUGUAACUAAGGUGGAGUUGACUGUUUCUUGUAACAAUCUCCUGGAUAGAGAUAUUAGCUCCAAGUCAGACCCACUUUGUGUGCUACUUCAAUACACAAGUGGACAGCAGUGGUACGAGGUUGAUCGCACAGAAAGGAUCAAAAACAGUUUGAACCCUAAAUUUUCCAAGAAAUUCCGGAUUGAUUACUAUUUUGAACUAGUUCAGAAACUCAAAUUUGGGGUUUUUGACAUUGACAAUACAACUGUUCAGCUGAAUGAUGAUGACUUCUUAGGAGAAUUUGAAUGCACACUGGGACAGAUUGUUUCUAGCAAGAUACUUACCAGACCUUUAUUGUUAAGGAAUGGCAAACCUGCAGGAAAAGGUGUAAUUACGAUUAGUGCAGAAGAAAUAAAAGACAACCGUGUAGUCCUACUUGAAGUUGAAGCGAGGAAACUAGACAAUAAGGAUUUGUUUGGAAAAUCAGAUCCUUAUUUGGAAUUUCACAAGCAAACAUCUGAAGGAAAAUGGGUGAUGGUGCAUAGGACGGAAGUUAUUAAAAAUAAUUUGAAUCCUGUCUGGAGGCCAUUCAAAAUCUCUCUCAACUCUUUGUGUUAUGGUGACAUGGACAAAGCAAUCAAGGUUGAGUGCUAUGACUACGAUAAUGAUGGAUCGCAUGAUCUCAUAGGGACGUUUCAAGCUACAAUGUCUAAAUUGAAGGAAGCCUCUCGACAUUCACCAAUUGAGUUUGAAUGCAUCAAUGAAAAGAAGAGGCAGAAAAAGAAAAGCUACAAGAACUCAGGGGUUGUGAGCUUUAAAUACUGUGAGGUCAUCACAGAAUGUACUUUCCUUGACUACGUCAUGGGGGGAUGCCAGCUGAAUUUUACUGUUGGCAUUGAUUUUACUGGGUCUAAUGGAGAUCCUCGUUCUUCAGACUCUUUACAUUACAUCAGCCCCAAUGGAGUGAAUGAAUACUUGUCAGCCAUUUGGUCUGUAGGAAUGGUCAUUCAGGAUUAUGAUGCAGAUAAGAUGUUUCCAGCUUUUGGGUUUGGUGCUCAGAUCCCCCCUUCAUGGCAGGUGUCUCAUGAAUUCCCGUUGAACUUCAACCCAUCAAGUCCCUUCUGCAAUGGUGUCCAGGGUAUUGUUGAUGCAUACCGGGUCUGCCUUCCUCAAAUAAGAUUGUAUGGGCCCACCAACUUCUCUCCAAUCAUCAAUCAUGUAGCUAGAUUUGCUGCUGCAGCUUCACAACAGAGAACAGCCUCACAAUAUUUUGUACUCCUGAUAAUCACGGAUGGGGUGAUAACAGACCUUGACGAGACCAGAUCUGCUAUUGUCAAUGCAUCUAAGCUUCCCAUGUCCAUCAUUAUUGUUGGUGUUGGAGGUGCUGAUUUCAGUGCCAUGGAAUUUCUGGACAGUGACAGCGGAGCUUUGAGAUCACGUUCAGGAGAGGCUGCUCUUCGAGACAUUGUCCAGUUUGUGCCAUUUAGACAGUUCCACAAUGCUCCCAAGGAAGCUCUUGCUCAAAGUGUCCUGGCAGAGGUGCCACAGCAAGUGGUGAGCUACUUCAGCAUGUACAAGUUGCAGCCACCAAACAAGCCGUCAGCCAAGCAAGAGGAGCAGAAGCAAGCAUGAAUCGCUCGGUGGGAAGUUUCUUGUGCUGCCUGUCUGUGGUGUCCCUUGAUUGUGAUGCACAAUAAAAGCUUUUUCAUACAUUUUACAGAAAAGGCGCCAUGUUAAGAUAGCCUUUCCCUUUUUCGUUCUGAGUUGCCAAAGAUGCUCUGUGUUUAACCCUAUUGCAAGUGAGAUUACAAGGGUCUCCAACAAUAUAUACAGCACAUCCCAGAGCAGUAGAAACAUUUGGGUUACUUUGAAAUGAUAGUGUAACUUGCCUUGGGUGCUUAAUUCUUGCAUAUGCCCUAUGUCAAAUAUUCAGUCUUUUUUUUUUUCUUCAAAACUUCAGAACCAUUAAGACCAGGGUGCUAAAUUCAGGAUAUUUUAAGUAUCUUUCUUCAUUCCUCCUCCAUGGUGUCUGUCUUUCUAUUUCUGAAUAUUUGCAAUUUGAUGAAACGGUAAACAUUUGAAAACUUUUGAGUAUUAUAUGGAGACUGGAACGGAAUUAUAUGAUAAUUUAUAGCUUGCUUUGUAGUAUUAAACCAAGCUAGAAUCUGACUGUGAUACAUAGUUGCCAACAGUUUGUGUUCGUCUUUGUGUCCACAUAAAGGAUAUAAAUAGGAUUAGGAUUGCUUUUCUUGCUUAUUUUAUCACAAAUCAGUUUUAUUUUUGAGAUAUAUAAUUGUGUAAAAUAAGAACAUUGACAUAGAAGCUAUAUAUGUGUGUGUACCUGGGGAAGCUUACCUGUUUUAUAGCUGUAUAUAUAUAGAUCUCUAUGUACUAGAGAAUCUGUAUUAUUUUAAAUAGUUCAUAAAAGGUUUCUCUAUGGCUGUGGCUAGUUCCAGGAUGCUUUAUCACUUUCAUUCAAUAGUAUAAGCUGAAGUGCUCCCCACAGCUGAUUUAGAAAAGCUAAAGAGUGUAAAUUUUCUUUUUAUCACAAUGCCAAUGUUUUAGAUUAUCUUAUUCUGCAUGUUCUUUCAGUGUUUGGGGGAUUUUUACCUUAGUGACAGUUUGUGAUUGUGUUUAUCUGCUUUCAGCAAUUUUUUUUUUCUAAAUCCCAACUACAUGCUGGUCAAUAAUCCUGAUGUAUUUUCUUGCUGUUUGUUCAGUAAGAAGGAAGUGCACAUCACAGUUCUGUUCUUUUGUGUGUAUACUCUAAAUGAAAUGAAAUUGGACUGAGCUGUCUGAAAAGGAUUCUUAACUGUACAACAUAAAUUAUGUAGGCCCGUAUCAAAAGUCAAAAAUGAGAAAUCAGUGUUAAUAGCAAAGAAGCUGAUAGGUAUGCAUUUUUCUGGGAAAGUGAAAGUACCAGCCUUCUGUCCUGAAGCUUUGCAUUAAAAUCAUAUUAAAAUGGAAAAUAUCUGCAGCUUAUAACAUAACUAAUGUCAUGUUUAAAAGUAGACGUCUAUUUAGAAUAUCAUCUAUUCAUCUAAUUGAAGGUAUUUUUAUUAGGAAUAUUCUGCAAUAAAAAAAAUCUUUAGCAGGUUUCUUCUAGUAUCCUAUUGGGAAAUUUUUUUUCUUUGUUUCGUGCAUAUGUAUAGGUGACUAUUUAUUUAGAUCAGGGAUUUGUUGCUAGUGGUUCGGUGAAACAAACUCGAUGUCUGGAAUGUUUAAAAAUGUAUUGUCUAAUGGUAUGCUUUGUGAAUAUUACUUACUGUAUUGCGACCAGUUUGCAUCAAAGGUUUAUCAUGUUGGAGUCCAAGUAUUUCAGGAUCAAAAAAUUAGAAUACAAAAGCUAUACUUUGUAAACUCUUGAGAUAUUUGUUAUGAGCUCUUGUAAGAAUGACCGAAAUUUUAUUUUUGCACUUUGUUACUACCUUAUACUGUAUUUUCUGACUUAAAACAAAAGGGAAAUGGCAAUAUCUCAAAUAGGGGCCACUUCCUGCAUGUUUUUCACUCCCUUCAACAUAUGAUCUUAAGUCCAUGGCAUAUGCCAAGCUAUGCAACUUUUUAAAUGGAUUUUUUUUAAUUGAAAAAAGUUUGCCUUUUGGACCAUGAUAUUUUGUGAUUGCCUUGCCCACUGUGUCAGCCAUUGCUCACAAAAUUCAACAGGUUCUCAGUAUUCUGAAAAUUACUGUGUUGAGCUGUUCCUAUCUUGAAAAAUGACAGCAUAGCCUACUACUAUAUACGUAAAUCCAUAGAAGUACUGCAUUUCUUAAAAAAAAUAGUAUGAUUAGAACUGCAACUGCAAAAAUAUGAAUGUAGUUUUUGCUUAUUAAAACUUUUUAAUGCUUUAUUUAAGUAAUACUUUUUCUUAUGUAUGUUUUCAGCAUCCUUUUUCUAGCCAGUUGCUAGCACCACCUUGUGAUAGAUUUUGAUAUUGGCAUAUUUGUACCAAUGGUUUUUUUUUAAUUUUUCCUACUUGAUACUUUCAUCAUAAAUUUGUAUUUUGCUUUGAAAAUACAAUAUCAUAUAUAUGGCUUGCACUAUCAUAUUUUCUGAAUAAAGCUGUUUUUCUAUGGAUGUUGAA